CGAGGCGGGCACGGCUGCCCCGCCCCUCGGGCCCAGCUUCCCCGGAGAGCCGCGGCGGCGCGGGAGCAGAACUCCAGGACCUGACCUGCAGCAGCGCCAUGGCCGCGCUCGCGUCGCUGCGGGACUGCCAGGCGUGGAAGGAUGCUGGGCUACCACUCUCCACCACAAGUAAUGAGGCCUGCAAGCUGUUUGAUGCCACCCUGACCCAGUAUGUCAAGUGGACCAAUGACAAGACUCUUGGUGGCCUUGAUGGCUGCCUGUCAAAGCUCAAAGAAGCAGACCCGACCUUCACGAUGGGCCAUGUCAUCGCCAACGGCCUCCUGCUGAUCGGCACCGGGACCUCCGUGAGGUUGGACCCAGAGCUGGCCCAGGCCCUGAAGACGAUGGUGGAGAUGUCAGAAGCCCAGCCGCUGACGCAGCGAGAGCGGCUGCACGUGUCUGCAGUGGAGAUGUUUGCUGAGGGGAACUUUCUGAAAGCCUGUGAUCUAUGGGAACAGAUUCUCCGGGACCACCCGACAGACAUGUUGGCCCUGAAAUUUUCCCACGAUGCCUAUUUUUACCUGGGCUUCCAAGAACAGAUGCGAGAUUCCGUUGCUCGGGUUUACCCAUUCUGGACACCUGACAUACCCCUGAGCAGCUAUGUGAAAGGCAUUUAUUCGUUUGGCUUGAUGGAAACCAACUUCUAUGAUCAGGCGGAAAAGCUCGCCAAGGAGGCUUUGUCUCUUAACCCGACGGACGCGUGGUCGGUGCACACCAUAGCCCACAUCCACGAAAUGAAAGCAGAAAUCAAGGAUGGAUUGGAAUUCAUGCAGCGCUCAGAACCCAACUGGAAGGACUCUGACAUGCUGGCCUGUCAUAAUUACUGGCACUGGGCUUUAUAUCUGAUUGAAAAGGGUGACUAUGAGGCAGCGCUCACCAUUUAUGACAACCACAUCCUGCCCAGCUUGCAGACCAGCGGCACCAUGCUGGACGUGGUGGACAGCUGCUCCAUGCUCUACCGGCUGCAGCUGGAAGGGGUGCCGGUGGGUGAGCGCUGGCAGGACGUCCUGCCCGUGACCCAGAAGCACAGCCGUGACCACGUCCUGCUGUUCAAUGACGCCCACUUCCUGAUGGCCUCCCUGGGUGCACGGGACACCCGGACCACGCAGGAGCUGCUGAGCACCCUGCAGGAGGCCAGCGAGUCCCCGGGGGGAAACUACCAGCACCGCCUGGCCCGCGACGUGGGGGUGCCGCUGUGUCAGGCCCUGGUGGAGGCUGAGAGCGGGAACGCUGACCGUGCUGUGGAACUACUUCUGCCCAUCCGCUAUCGGCUCAUCCAGAUUGGAGGCAGCAAUGCCCAGAGAGACGUCUUCAGCCAGCUGCUGAUUCACGCGGCCUUGAACUGUACCUCCAGCGCCCGCAGGAAUGUGGCACGAAGCCUCCUGAUGGAACGUGACGCCUUGAAGCCUGGCUCGCCCCUGACCGAGCGGCUCAUCCGCAAGGCGGCCGCCCGCCACCUCAUGCAGUGAACAGGCCUGGCCGCCUCUGCCAGCAGCACCUCAGCUGCUUCCCGGGCUGGGAAGUCCACUUCCACCUGGAGUGGAAACCAGCGAGGGCUGGCAGGGCUGCUGGUGGGCAAGCUUGGCGUGUGUAGACAUCCUAUAAACCAGCAGUUUUACAGGAAAAGGGGACACCAAUUAACUUUACAUGUGAUUUGGAAUCUUCCUCCAGUCUUUCUGAGGUGCUGGCAUGCAUUUUAAGCAAUCAGUCAAUGGGGCUCCAGCCGUGACCACCUGCCUUGCAAGCUGUGUUUUCCCAGGGGGACCCUCAUACCCCCUAACUGUGGGGCAGGAGGAUUGGAAGCCGGGGCAGGCUGGGGCAGGCUCAGCUGGGGCAGGAGAAUCUUCCAGCCCAGCCCCUAGUGUAGCUCCCCCACCCUGCCCCACCAGGCUGCCCAGGGUCACUCCCUGGAAUUGUCCUCAUUUUACCUAGGCAGGUCUUGUUGGCCUGUCUUUCAGGUGAUGGUACUGAUGGGAGCAAGCUGACUUACUCAGGGUCUCAGCUAGUGAAGGCACCACUGGGAUUCCUUCCUCAAGGGGGGACCCUGCCUCGCUGCCCUUGGCCUCUGCCCCGGGCUGCUCUCCUACAGAAGUGCGAGCCCAUGGAGGGAAGUCUGUGUAGGAUGCUGAUUUGGGGUUUGUCAUAGAUUAAAUUGUGUUCCCCCAAAAUAUGUGUCAGCUCUCCCGGGCCAUGAGCCUCAGUAAUUUGAGUUAUGUAAUGAUGUAAUCAUCCCCCAUAAUGUGAUUAGCCAAUCAGUUGUAAGAGAAUUAGGGUGGGAUGCAACACCCUUACUCAGGGACAGCCCCAUUAAUGAGGCAUGAUUAGGUUAUGUUAAUGAGGAUUAGGGUGGGAUACAACACCCUUACACAGAUCUCAGCCCUGAUCCCCUGUAAGGGGAGUUUCCCUGGACUGUGGCCCACAUCACCUUUUAUCUUACAAGAGAUAAAAGGAGAAAUGAACAGGGAGAAAAGACCCCCUACCACCAAGAAAGAAGAGCUGGGGGGAGAGCAUGUCCGUUGGGCCUGAGAUCUCUGCACUGAGAACCUCCUAGACCCAGGGGAAGACUGAUGAAAAGGACCUUCCUCCAGGGCCAACAGAGAGAAAAGGCCUUCCCCUAGAGCAGACACCCUUAAUUGGGACUUCUGGUCUCCUAAACUGUGAGAGAAUACAUUUUUCUUUGUUAAAGCCAUCCACUUGUGGUAUUUCUGUUAUAUAUAAACUAAGACAGAGUUGUUCUUUUAAACGUUGUAAUGGGGUCUAGGGUCCCUGGUUUCGUCUGUCAGCUCUGGCGUUAAUGCUGUGGAUGCAUGUAGCUGGAGCAGGAACACUUUCUGGGGUGCGAGGCCUGAGCUUGGGCUGCUUGUUCGUGGCAAGAACUGAACCACUGGGACACGUAGCUUUAACAGGAUCUGAGCCUCUGCCUCCGGCUCCCCAUGUCCAGCCUGCCCCAGGGCCGCCUGCGUGAGCACAGGGUCAGGUAUCAUUUACUGACUAGGUUGUGCUGAUGCCGGCCUUCCUGUGAGGGAGGUCAGAGGGCACGGGCAUUUUUCCAGUUCUUUGCAUUGAUACUGGAGGCAACUUGUUGAAGUCAGGGAGGGGGUGGGGGUCUUGGAAGGGAUGAGUCCUCCAGCAAUUUGGCCCAUGCACCACAGUUGUCAUGGAUUGAAUUGUGUCCCCCCAAAAUGUGUCAACUCGGUUAGGCCAUGAUUCCCAGUAUUGUGUGAUUGUUCAUCAUUUUGUCAUCUGAUGUGAUUUUCCUAUGUGUUGUAAAUCUUAAUCUCUGCCUGUGGUUAAUGAGGCAAGAUUAGAUCAAAGAGGAACAGGGUGGGAGGUAACACCCUUGCUCAGGUCACAUCCCUGAUCCAGUGUAAAGGGAGCUUCCCUGGGGCGUGGCCUGCAUCACCUUUUAUCUUACAAGAGAUAAAAGGGAAACUAGCAGUGGGGGACCUCAUAUCACCAAGAAAGCAGCGCUGGGAGCAGAGUGCAUCCUGUGGACCUGAGGUUCCUGUGCAGAGAAGCUCCCAGCCCAGGGGAAGAUUGAUGACAAGGACCCUCCUCCAAAGCCGACAGAGAGAGGAAGCCUUCCCCUAGAGCUGGCACCCUGAAUUCCCUAGCUCCUGCCAUAAUUGUCCUGUGGCAUGUGAAUUGGGUAAGCCUGGACUUUGCGCCAUGGAGCUGGUGCAGCGACUCCAAACCAGCCCGCUGGCUUUAGGAGGCCCUGGCAGGUAGAGGAAAGCCAGGAGCUCUGGCCUCCUGAGGGCGGGCAAGAGAGGGGGCCGAGAGACAGACCUGAAGCUACAGCAACCCUUGGACAGCCCGGUUCCUUUGGCCGAUAAUGCCUCCUCUCUGAAGCCAGCUUGAAGCUGCUUUUCUGUUACUUGCAACCCAAAGGCUCCUGGCUGACCCCCACAGCUGGGAUGGGCACCUGGGUCUGUCCAACACCAUCACCCUUCUCCAGUUAACCAGGAUCCUUAGCAAAUACAACAGAACUCAGUGGAGAGCCAGGGUCAGAAGCUGAGGUGGGGCAGGGGAGGUCAGGGGACCCAGAGGAAAAGAGAGUGGACUGGGUGUGGAGGAGGUGGUGGUUUGAGGCCAAAGUCUUCAGAGGGAGCCCCUAGAUAGAAAAGAGGCAGUAGGGACAAUGAGACAAGCCACAGUGGGAACAAGGGGGGAAGGCCAGGUUCCUGCCAAGCUGCGUGACCACCCACCUUACCCACUCUCACAGCCCCUACCCUGCACCGACCUAGGCAAGGCUGGGGGAAUGGCGAUGAUUGAGACCUCGCCUGCUCUCUAGGGGUUCACGUUCUCAUGGGGUGCUGGACUUGCGAUCAGGAGUGAAGAGGGACCACAGCCACAUGGGGUGACUGCUGUGGAUGGUGCAAAGCCAGGGAGCCCACAGGAAGCCCAACCAUCCUGGAAGGCUUUCGGAAGAGGGCCUGAGCCUGGGGUAGCUGCCCUCACACAGCUCUCUGUGGAUGUCCCACAGACACCUUAAACCCAUCUGCCCCAAAUAAAUAGGUCCUCAUCAUCCUUGGAGGUGGAGCCUGUCAUGGAUUGAAUUGUUGUUGUUAGGUGCUGUCAAGUCAGUUCCAACUCAUAGCCACCCUGUGUACCACAGAACGAAAGACUACCCAGCCCUGUGACAUCCUCACAAUCAUCGUUAUGUUUGAGCCCAUUGUUGCAGCCGCUGUGCCAAUCCAUCUCAUUGAGGGUCUUCCUCUUUUUCACUGACCCUCUACUUUACCAACCAUGAUGUCCUUCUCCAGGGAUUGGUCCCUCCUGAUAACAUGUCCGAAGUAUGUGAGACCAAGUCUUGCCAUCCUUGCUUCUAAGCAUUCUGGCUGUAUUUCUUCCAAGACAGAUUUUUUCAUCCUUUUGGCAGUCCAUGGUAUAUUCAAUAUCCUUCGACAACCCCAUAAAUCAAAGGCAUCAAUUCUUUUUCGGUCUUUCUUAUUCACUGUCCAGCUUUCACACGCAUAUGAGGUGAUUGAAAACACCAGAGCAAGUUUCACAGUCUCUUCUGACAUCCAUUUUGGUCUUUUCUUUCUUUCCUGAUUGAAGUGUGUCCCCCCAAAAUAUGUUUCAACUUGGCCUAGGCCAUGGUUCUCACGAUUGUGAUUGUCCACCAUUUUGUCAUCUGAUGUGAUUUUCCUGUGUGUUGUAAAUCCUACUUCUAUGAUGUUAAUGGGAGCCCUGGUGGCAAAGUGGUUAAGAGCUUAGGUUGCUAAUCAAAAGGUCGGGAGUUCCAAUCCACUAGCCGCUCCUUGGAAACCCUAUGAGGCAGUUAGUUCUACUCUCUCCUAUAGGGUAGCUAUGAGUUGGAAUGGACUCCAGGGCACACAACAAUGAUGUUAAUGAGGUGGGAUUAGCAGCAGUUAUGUUAAUGAGGCAGGACUCAAUCUACAAGAUUAGGUUGUGUCUUAAACCCUCUUUUGAGAUAUAAGAGAGAAGUGAGCAAAGAGACAUGGGGACCUCAUACCACAAAGAACACAGUGCCAGGAGCGGGCACGUCCUUUGGACCUGAGGACCCUGCACUGAAAAGUUCCUAGAUCAGGGGAAGAUUGAUGACAAGGACCUUCCCCCAGAGCUGACAGAGAAAGCCUUCCCCUGGAGCUGACCCCCUGAAUUUGAACUUCUAGCUUCCUAGACUGUGAGGGAAUAUACUUCUAUUUGUUACAGCCAUCCACUUGUGGUGUUUCUGUUACAGCAGCACUAAGUAACUAAGACAGUGCCCUUCUUCCAGACCUCUGUCCUUCCCUGGCUCCUCCCUCCAUCUCUCCGUCCUGGAUAACUACAAUAAUGCUCGGCCCAGGACAGAGCACCUGGAAUACACAGUACCUCAUGUGAUCCUCCAGCCCAUGACCCAUAGCCAUUGAGUCGAUCCCGACUCAUAGUGACUGUGUGUGUUACAGAGUAGAGCUGCUCCACAGGGUUUUCUUGGCUGUAAUCUUAUGGAAGCGGAUUGCCAGGCCUUUCUCCUGCAGAGCUGCUGGGUGUGUUCAAACCACCAACCUUUCAGUUAGUAGUUGAGUGCAAACCACUUGUACCACCGAGGCACCUUCUCCAGCCCCUGAGGGAGUGUCGUUUGUACGUGUUCACAAGAAAAAGCUGAGUGAGGUCAGUCUCAAGCUGCUGCCAGUGACUCACCUCCCAGUCCUGUCCUCGCCUCUCCAGGUGGCUCCCGUUGGGUAUCCCGUCUACUACCUCCAACCCUUCCCCAACAUGUGACUCCCCCAUCCAGGCCUCCCCCUCCCAGCCCCUGCCUGUCCCCUCCAAUACAUCCCCUCAGCCCAACCUGGGCAGCAGGGAUGUCACAGAGCCUCACCCUUACUGGCCAAUUGUCCUCAGGACAAAUCCAGCCCCCAGGCCACCUAUGAGACCCAGGACAGGUUCCUGCCACACCUUCUGGAUUCUUCAGGCUCUCACUCAGAGCUGCUUACUGCGGACACCGCCUCAGCAGGGCUUCUUGUGGUCCUGGAGCAAGGACCCAGCACCUGGGCUCCA